AUGGCAUUACAUUUUCUUCUUCAUAUUAUUAAUUUUAGAUAGAUAAAAUAAAUAAACAUACAAAAAUUAAAAUAUUAAAAUAUUUAUUCAUUUUUUUUUUAAAAAAAAUAAAAAAUAUUUAAAUUUUUAUAUUUUUAAAAAAAUAAACAUUUAAUUUUAUAUUAUUUUUUUAAAAAAAAAAACAUUAAAAACACAUUUUAUAAUAUUAAAUAAAUAUAAAAUUAAUUUAAAAUAAAAUAUUUAUACAAUUAUAAAUAUAAAAAAAAAAUCAUUAAAACUUAUAUUUUUAAAUAUAUAUAUAUAUAUAUUAUAUAUAUUUGUUUUAAUUUAUUAAUCAAACAAUAAUUUAAAUAAAAUAUGAAUAUAUUAAAAAGGCAUUUAUGUUUAAAUUAUAUAAUAAAAAAGUAUUUUUCUAUAGCAUCUCCUCCUAUAGAAGCUUAAUAAAACAUUUUCGAUUUUACAUCAAAACACAUUAUAAGUGAAGAACAAAUAAAAAACGAUUAAAAAUUAUAAUAAUUAUGUGAAAAAUAUGAAAAAGAAUGGACUUAAAAAUACUUAGAAACAAAGCAAAAGGAAAUAGAAGAAGUAAAAAAAAGGCUUUCUUAAAAACAAUAAUAAUAUGUAGAAUUUUUAGCAGAAGAAUUAUUAAAUAUGGAUAAAGAGAUUAGAAUAAAAAUCUUGACAAAUUUAAAUAUAAAAAUAUAAAAAAUUACAAAUAUUUCGAUUGUAAACGUGAAUACUGAUUGGCCGAUUUUUAAAUAAUACUAAUUAGAUCAAUAAUAAUAAUUUUUAUAAGAUAAUUGGCAUAAAAAUAUAGGUAUUUCUAAUUUUUUAUAAGGAUUCGGAUAAAAUAAUUAAUAAUAAUAAAAUUCUAGUUAAUAAGAAUAACCUAAGACAUAAAAAGAGGAAUAAGUAUAAAAAACUAAUUUUGAUGUUGAAUUAGCAUCUAUAGAUCCAAAUUAAAAAAUAAAAAUUAUUAAAGAGGUAAGAACUAUACUUGGUUUAGGGUUAAAAGAUGCUAAAGAUAUUGUAGAAAAAUCGCCGGUUAUUUUAAAAUAAUAAUUAAAGAAAUAAGAAGCAGAAGAAAUUAAAGAAAAAUUAAGUUAAAUUGGAUGUAUAAUAAAUUUAUUAUGA